AUCGCGCGACACGCAUGGCAACCACGGCCUCGCUCUCCUUCGCCGCCUCGCUCGGCGCUCCCGCGACGUCCCGUCGCGCCGUGCGCUCUCGCGCUCGUUCCAGAGUCGUCCGCGCGUCCGUCGAGAUCGAGCCGGGCUCCGAUCCCGCCCCGGACGCGUCCCCCGCGCCGGCUCAGAUCGUCGUCUUCGGCUCGAACGGCAAGACCGGCGCGAGAUGCGUGCAGUACGCGGCUCGGGCGGGCAUCCCCGUCACGGCGUGCACGCGCUCCGGCUCGUGGAGCCCUCAGAACAUCAACCUCACCUCCGAUGAGCGGUCGCUGGUCACCGCCGCCGCCGGCGACGUCGCCAAGGCGAGCGCCGCGGAGCUGACGUCGACGCUCCAAGGCGCGGGAGCGUGCAUCUUCGCGGCGUCCGCGUCCCCGUCGGGAGGAUCCCCGCAGGACGUGGACAAGGCCGGCCUGGUCGCCGUCGCGCGCGCGUGCAUCGCGGCGAACGUCCCGAGGCUCGUCAUCGUCUCGUCCGGCAGCGUCAGCAAGCCGCUCUCGCCCGUGUACGUCUUCCUGAACCUCUUCGGCGGCAUCAUGCGAGCCAAGAUCGAGGGCGAAGACGCCGUGCGGUCCCUGUACUUCAAGAGGGACGGUGCGGACUACGUCGUGGUCCGACCGGGUGGUUUGACCGAGGACGAACCCAGGGGCGUCGGGGCCAUCGAGCUCAACCAAGGGGACGACAAGAGCGGUCGCAUCUCUCGUUCCGACGUCGCGGCGAUUUGCGUCGAAGCCGCGGUGGGCGCCAACGGGUGCGUGGGUAACUCCACGUUUGAGUGUUACUGGGCGGACUCCGCCAAGGGCUUGGACGCCGUCGGGUUCUCCAACAUGAUGGGGGGAACAAACACGGACGGGGACUACGUGAGCGGGAUGGAGCGGAGGGGAAACACGUGGAACGAGAUCUUCGCCGGCUUAAAAGCCGACGCGCCUGGAAUCGCGCAGCAGGGCGUCGGUCCCAGCCUGUGAAGAAUACGAUGGCGACAAAAAGGUAAAAGCCAAAAUAUCCCAAGAGAUCUUAUCAUCGCGCGCCGUCCUCCGUCUCAGCCUCCGCCCGCUCCCCCUUCACGACCGGGACGAGACCGUCUUCGUCCCCGUCGUCGUCUUCGUCGUCGUCGUCGCCGAUGAUCUUGUAGUAGUCGUCUGCGUC